AUGGCUUCCGCUACUAGUCUGCUGUCUGAAGAUCAGUUUCUGUGCUCCAUCUGUCUGGAUGUGUUCACUGAUCCAGUCAGCACACCAUGUGGACACAGCUUCUGCAAAAACUGCGUCAAUGAACACUGGGAUAUUAUUGAACAGUGCCAGUGUCCCACCUGUAAAAAGCUUUACUACACAAGACCUGAGCUGGAGGUCAAUAUUUUUAUCUCUGAGAUGCUUUUUCAGUUCAGACAGCAAGUUCAACAGAGAGCCAGCAGCAGCAGCUCAGAGCAACAAGCUGCCAAACCAGGAGAAAUUCCCUGUGACGUCUGUACAGGAACCAAACUGAAGGCUGUAAAGUCCUGUCUGGUGUGUCUGACCUCCUACUGUGAGUCUCACCUGGAGCCUCAUCUCACAGCAUCAGGUCUGAAAAGACAUCAGCUAAUUGACCCAGUGGAGAACCUGCAGGGCAGGAUGUGUGUGAAGCAUGAUAAACUGCUGGAGGUGUUCUGUAAGGACGAUCAGAUAUGUGUCUGCAUGCUCUGCACUAUUUCAGACCACAAGACACAUGAUGUUGUUCCUCUACAAGAAGAAUUUGAAUUAAAGAAGACAGAGCUGGGGAAGACAGAGGCUGAAAUUCAGCAGAUGAUCCUGAAGAGAAACCUGAAGAUUCAAGAGAUCAAACACUCAGUCGAGCUCAGCAAGGAAAAUACAGACAAAGAGAUAGCAGAAGAUGUUGAGGCCUUCACCAAACUGAAGGAGUCAGUUGAGAAAUAUCAGGCCAAAGUCAUCACAAUGAUUGAAGAGAAGCAGAAACAGAGAGAGAAACAGGCUGAAGGAUUCUUAAAAGAGCUUGAGCAGGAAAUAUCUGAGCUGAAGAAGAGAAAUUCUGAAUUGGAGAAACUCUCACACUCUGAAGACCACUUUAACGUCCUCCAAAGCUUCCAGUCUGUGAACGCUGUUCCACCCACCAAAGACUGGACAGAAGUCAUAGUCCAUCCACUGUCAUAUGAUGGGACUGUGAAUACAGCUGUGGCUCAACUCAUACAGACACUGAAGAACAGGUUUCCAGAGGUUGAUCUAACAUGGGCCCAGAAGUAUGCAGUGGAUGUUACGCUGGAUCCUGAUUCAGCACAUCCCAAACUCAUCCUGUCUGAUGAUGGGAAACAAGUCCAUCAUGUUGAUGCAAAGAAGAAUCUCCCAGACAACCCAGAAAGAUUUUCUGUUGGUCUCUGUGUCUUUGGAAAGCAAAAUGUUUCUUCUGGAAGAUUAUACUUUGACGUUCAGGUUAAAGGGAAGCCUGAGUGGCUUUUUGGAGUUGCCAGAGUGUCGGUCAACAGGAAGGGGCUAAACACAGUUAGCUGUAAGAAAGGUUACUGGACUCUACAAUUUAGGGGCGAAAAGUUCUUUGCUCUUGCUGACACUCCGGUCCUUCUUUCUCUGAAGUCAGUGCCUGAGAAAAUGGGGUUGUUUGUAGAUUAUGAGGAGGGUCUGGUCUCCUUUUAUGAUGUUGAUGCUGCAGCUCUCAUCUACUCCUUUACCAGGUGCUCCUUCAAUGAGAAACUCCUCCCAUUCUUCUGUCCUGGUGUUAAUCAGGGUGGUAAAAACUCAACACCUCUUAUCAUCUCCCCUGUCCACCACACUGAGUAG